UAUUGAAGCCGGCACAUCCGUCGUCGCUUCGUCUCCGCUCCAUGGCAGUCCUCAGCAUCUAAACAAUGCAAUCGACGAGGACUUGCCUCUCCUCGCCCCUCCUCGCAUCUCCCUUUCCUUCCGCCUCCUCCUUCUCCUUUUCCUUCUCCACCGUCAGUAGGCGGCGCAUCACUAUCUUCCGUCCGCUCUCCUCCCUCAGGGAGUCCAAGAAGGCCACUCUUCGUAAGGCCACCAACGUCCCCCGGAAUAUAAGGUUCGAAGACCGAAAGGGAAGGGGCGAUGGAGGCCGCAAGGAGGAGGAGGACGACGAGGGGGAGCUCGGCGGGGAUUCCGCUCUGAAGGGGACGAUCCUUGCGGGGAUUCUUUUGGUAGGGGUCGUCGGAGGGUUCGGGACUGUUGGGUACGUGUACAGGGAGCAGAUUAAUGCUUUUUUGACUCAGUUCUCCGGUUUCAUUGACGGUUAUGGGCCCGCUGGAUACGCUUUAUUUGUGCUUGUUUAUUCUGGACUCGAGAUUUUGGCAAUUCCAGCAAUUCCCUUAACCAUGUCAGCAGGACUUCUGUUUGGUAGUGUGACUGGAACCAUCAUUGUAUCGAUUAGUGGGACGAUUGCUGCUUCGGUAGCUUUUCUUAUUGCUAGGUAUUUUGCAAGGGAACGGAUUCUCAAAUUGGUUGAGGGAAAUAAGAAAUUUUUGGCAAUUGAUAAGGCAAUUGGAGAAAAUGGCUUUAGAGUUGUUACACUCCUUCGAUUGAGUCCUUUGCUCCCAUUUUCUUUGGGAAACUAUCUAUAUGGCUUGACAUCAGUGAAUUUUGUGCCUUAUGUUCUAGGAAGCUGGUUGGGAAUGCUUCCAGGGACAUGGGCUUAUGUUAGUGCAGGUGCAUUUGGGCGAGCUGUAAUUCAAGAGGAGUCAGAUGUGGGGUUACCAGGAGGGAAUGGUCAGUUACUGACUCUUGGCUUAGGGCUGCUAUUCACAGCCAUUGCUGCAGCUUAUGUUACUCGUCUUGCAAAGAGUGAUAGUUAACAGCUUCAACGCACUGGAGAGAUCAAUAGGAUAGCAAUAUGAAAGUUCCAGCAAGAUAUUGGUGAAAGAGAUUCUGAAUAUUGAUGGCCCCAGGUUGCAAUAUGACAGAGAUUGAGAAAGUGUCAAUACAAAGGUGGGCUUGUUGUGCCAGUGGCUAUGCCAAAAGGAGACCAUGUGGCUACAUCAGGAGACUAUGCUUCUUGGACACGGAUUACUG